GUGCAGCUUUACGUUUCAAGAUCCCACCUCCCUUUGGUUUUUCAGUGGUUUCGAAAGGGAUUGCGGGGAGAUGUGUAUCACCGAACAGCUCGUUGUACCUUGAAAUUGAGAUCUUUUAUUCGUUUUUGUCUGGCACGAGGCUGGGAGCUGCGGCCGCCUGUAGCUCGUCGAGUAUAUUUUUGUUUGUAACUUGUCACUUCCAGCUGCGGAUCGGACAGUGGAUUUGCCUAUACGCGACAGAGUUACAGACAACGGCACCAUCGUUUUCCAUGUUGAGUUUUCUUUUAACAUAUCCGCUCAAGAGAUUUGUUUGAUGUUGUAAUGUCUCAGACCUCGAACGGACGGAAUAUGAAAUAUAACGAAUAUAUUCGAUACUAACAUAUAACGACUACAUGCGCAUACUAACAUAAGGAAGCGAAUAGGCUAAGUGAUGUUUUGGUACGCGGCCUGGUUUUCAACUAUCGGGUGGAAACUAAGGACUGAAUUAUGGGACAGAGCCAAGCACGGGACGAGUCAAAUAGGCCGCCAGUUCAAUCGACGUUUUAUGAAACGGAUCUAAACAAACUUUUAUGCUACGACUUGUAACACUUUAGAUGGAUCAUGACACUUUUGCUGCGUUUUUCGUAGAUUAAUUUGACAUUCAUUCGUCGUAUCGCCUGACCCAUCAAUGGAAGUAUGUUACCAGCUGCCGAUGCUACCGCUGGACCGGCCAGUACCGAAACACGUCCUCGGCCGGCGUGGUGCCAUCUGCAUCACCUCGAGCUCGGGUUUGUUCGGUGGUCCUCUUCCCCGCCAACUCUCAAAGAGACGAGGAGCGGUUUCGUAUGACAGCUCAGACCAGAUGGCUCUCUACAUCCGCAUGAUUGAUGUUCGAUUGAGAGCUCAAACAGGUAACACAUCGGAGCAAUCAGAAAGAGAUGAGUGGAAAGACAGACAACAACACACAAACUUCUGCACGGACUUCAGAACUCUGCAGUCGCUGACAGACACCGUGACAUCAGAAGUGGAACUGCAGCCAGUUAGAAGUACUCUGAGCAUUCACAAGAACUUGCAGGCUUCAUAUUACCACCGAAAUGACACACACGAUAUACACCCCACACUAGACCAGGAGUACAUUAAACAAGCUAAGUGUAUGCUGCAGAAGGUUGGAAGCUGGAACUUUGAUAUCUUCUUGUUUGAUCAACUCUCUAAUGGAAAGAGUUUAGUGGAUUUGACUUUUCACCUCUUCAGUGAAUACAGUCUAAUAAAGCUCUUCCGACUGGAUGUGCUCAAACUGCGGCAUUUUUUAGUAAUGGUACAGGAAGCCUAUCACAGUCAAAACCCCUAUCACAAUGCCCUCCAUGCUGCUGAUGUCACACAGGCUAUGUACUGCUACCUGCAGGAACCACAGCUAUUUGAGUCUCUGACAUCCUGUGAUAUCCUUUUGGGUUUGCUGGCUGCAGCAACUCAUGAUUUGGAUCAUCCGGGUGUCAAUCAAACCUUCCUUAUUAAAAGCAGUCACCACUUGGCCUUGCUCUACCAAAACUCGUCUGUUCUGGAGAACCACCACUGGAAAUUUGCUGUCAGCUUGUUGAGAGAGUCAGGUCUUCUAUCCCAUUUAUCAUCUGCAGACAGGCAGAGCUUGGAGGAACGAUUGGGUUCUCUCAUUCUGGCAACUGAUAUCAGCAGACAGAAUGAAUACCUGAGUGAGUUCAGAGCUCACCUAGACCGAGCUGACCUGCGCUUGAACAACAGUCAGGACAGGCACUUCAUAUUGCAGAUGGCUCUGAAAUGUGCAGAUAUCUGUAACCCAUGUAGGCCCUGGCACCUUAGCAAGCUGUGGAGCCACAAAAUUACUGAAGAAUUUUUUAGUCAAGGUGACAUUGAGAGGAGAAGAAAUCUGGACUUGAGCAUUCUGUGUGACAGAAACACCUACACUGUGGGCAAAAUACAGAUCGGGUUCAUAUCAUUUUUGGUGGAGCCAUUGUUUUCAGAGUGGGCUCGUUUCUCAGAAACGCCACUUUCCCAUAUUAUGAUAAGUCACAUGACUUCAAACAAGUUCAAGUGGACACACCCACCACAAGAGAAAAUGGGAGAAACUACCCAAAGCACAUCCAAGACCCUAUCUCAAGGCAGCCUGGGGUCAUGACAUCUUAAACACACACACACAGUCCAAACAUCAGAAAUAUUUCUAAUAUUUCUUGUUUAAAUGUAAUUUAUUUAUUUAAGGAGCACUUUUCAUUUACUUUUACGUAAAUGUAAUACAUAUACAUAGAUAGCAAUACAUAGAUACCUCACACUACCUGUUCUUCCAGUGCUUAUCACCCUGAUUAAGUUUAAUUCAUCUUGUUUUAAAACACUUUAAAUCAUUUAAAGGGAAUAGAAACCAAUUGAUACACAGAUACUUAUAAUUGAACUGAACCAGUAUGUGCUUUCUUGGAUUAAUAUGCCAUUAUGCUGUAGAGCUCACUAGUGAAUGCAAGAGUUUAUAUUCUCUCCUUAUAUGUGCCGUACUUCACUCAUUCACUGGUAUUUAGCCCUCCCUCUCCACAAACACACAUACAUACCCACACACAGAUACUGAAUUAAGUUCACUGAAGGAAUAGCAUGUUUCUGUCUUUACACUGUGAGCAGACUGCACACAAACACCUGCACGAUUAACACUACUACUGGCUAUGUUAACACAUACACAAAUGCACACAAACACCAUUCACAUUGAAUUAUGGUGUGUUUAUUUUUAGGUUCUGGAAAGCCAGCCAGUAUUGUGGAAAAUACUACAGAGGUUGCACUCUCCAUAGACACUGAUCAGAUAAAAGAACAGUGUUACAUGCCCCAAUAGGUUGUAAUGACUUUAUAGCAGUUUAUAAAGACAAUGAGUUUUAAAGCCUUUAUGACAGUGUUUUUAAAGACAAUAAAAUGAAGUGAGUCCAUAUGCCUUGCAAAAACAGUUAUUCUAUGAGGAUUAUAAAACCUUUAUAAAGGCUUUAUAAUGGGCUUUAUAAAGGCCCAUAGGAGUGAACAGUUUGAGAAUUUGUGAUGUAAGCAGCUGGUAUCUAAGCUGUGCACUAUGUUGAGUGACCAAACCUUUUAGAUGGAGAGACUUCUAUUUCUUUCAUUCCUUUUGUGAGUGAUUUGCAGAGAUUUUUUGCUUUUUGUUUUAAUGUUGCAACAUCCCAAUUUCACUUUUACUUGAUCUAAGCUUGGCUUAACUCUUCCAGUAGAUACCAAUUGAGAAUGAUACUCAAGGUUAUGAUUUUUCUUUUUAAUUCUUAAAAAAAAGGGCAAAAUAUUCUGAAUUUACACACACACUCAUAUUUCUGACAUAUUUUUGCAUUUCUCUAACCUGGCUUGAGAAUGUUGUUUACCAUUUUUUGAAUAGAAUCUUUUAGAGAAGGGGAGCAGUUUAUAACAUUUUGCCAAACUGAUUUUUAUACAUACCAAUCACUGUAACACUUCUAUUAAUAAAAAUAUAAAUUGACAGGGAAAUCAUUUUUGUGGUUUUAACAUUUGUUGUUUACAUUUAAUUAUUUUCCAUCCCAAUGUUCACAGCCCUUGGUGUCUGCCUGUGUUAUGUUGAAUUUAGGUGGAACUUGUACACUGUGUAAAACUUUUGAUGUCACACAAUUGUUUUAAUUAGGAUGAUAUUUAGGAUAACGCAACAUUACCCAUUGUUGUUACACUUGAUUCCCAAUUUCCAGGGAUUAAAGACUUAAAUUUUUUCUUUCAUCUUAGAAGUGACCUUAAAUUAACGCACAUUUUACAAAACACUAUUUUACUAAAGUAGAACAAUAACUCAUUAAUAAAUUAAACAGUAACCCUGUCCCAUUCAUUAUUCACUAUGAAUAAUAAAAAGUAAUAAUGUAUAACUUGAAUUUGUAUCUUUUUUAAGCAAAUGCUGCACUAAUUUUGAUACAAAAAUCCUUUAACUUAGCCCAAACAUAGGUUUUAUUAUUAUUAUUAUUAUUAUUGUUAUUAUUAUUAUUAUUGUUGUUGUUGUUGUUGUUGUUGUUGUUCAAUUCUGUAUUGUACUCCUUUGCUGUAACUCAUUGUUGUCUAACAAAAUGAAUUAAGUUUGAUGAUUCGGCCAGUCUGUUGGCCAUGUUAGAACUUUAUGCAUGUUGAUCGCUCAAAUAAAAUUGAGAAUUGGUGAUGA